AGUCGCCAUUGCAAUAGAAUUUAUUUCCGAUUCUCGUGACCACAUUUUAAGUUAAAUUUUACUUUCGAACUUAUUAAUUAAUUAUUUUUAUAGAAAGAUAUCUGAAAAUUGCAAAAUGUUAGGAGAGAAUUGUGAACCCCAAUCCAAAAGCAGAGUUAUACAAAGUUUGAUCAAGAAUGUGUCUCCAAUACGUAUUUUAAAGAGAAGAAUAGUGCUAAAAAACGAAUACAAAACUAGUAAUAUCGACACAAUUAUUGACGAAAUUGUCGGAAAACUCAAUAAAGAUGUUAUUCUUAAGAAUGUAGUACUGUUGAUAUCUCCUCUCGGAAAAGAGGACAAAAAAUUCAAUUUACAUAUUCUAAAUAAAAAAACAAAGGAUCAUUUGGGUAUGUUUACUGCAUCAAAUAAAGACGUCUUACGUAUCAAAUCACAUGUAAAAUACCAGGACUAUAUUAUUGCAACAACAAAUAAACCAAUGGACUUAAGAUUUGUAAUUAAACAUCCUGGAUUAAUUUAUGUGUUAUUGGAAUCUGAAAAUUGCAUUACUUGCAAACCAAUAACUGUCAAACUAUUUAAGGAGUUAAGUAAUGAAAUUAAUAGUUCAACAGAACCAAUACCAAAAAAAAUUGAUCAGUUUUUCCAUUGGGCUGAACAAAGUCGUCAUACAUUGACUAUACGGCCUAAAAUGUUAUUGAAUCCUUCAGAUAUAAGAGACGAACAUUCAAACACAUAUAAAUCUGAAGUGAAGUUUUAUGUUGAUUGUUUUCGAAAAGACACAUAUAUAAGUUCUAUACUCUUAAACUCAAGUCAAAUACAGGAAUAUUUACGUAAAUAUAGUUUACUUUUAGAGAACACAGAGGUCACUAAACACCAAUGGAAACAUACUGAAUACAAAACAGUGGUGUCACGUUUAACAACUUUUUGUGCGUGGUUUAGAAUGCAUAUGUUUUCUGACGUUAUAAGCGCAAUUAUUUGUAAAAAGACUUGAAAAAGAAUUAAAUUACUUCCAUUACCUUUCAA